UCACCCCACAUGCAAAUCCAACAUCUUAAGCAAUUGUUUAUAAUUUUUUCAGAUAAUCUUCCAAAUUCUACAAGCAACCGGUGAUUCAUAUUUGGACGUUUUCUCAAAUCAGUGACCGCAUCCUUAAACUAUAACUCAGAUUCAUUCCAGAUUCACUUUUUUCAUCUUCUUCUUUUUCAUCCUCUUUGAAAGUUUCAAUUUUUCAUCAAAAAUGGCAACUUUAAGCAUGACCCAGAUCAGGACUGGGAAUUAUACAUCUGGGUUUUCGUUGAAUUGUUCUAAGAAGGUGUAUGCUCGUCCUAGUAGAGUUGGGUUUAAGGUUUUUUGUUCUGAGGGUCAAUCAUCUUCAGAGCCUGAUCUUAGUGUUACUGUUAAUGGGUUGCAUAUGCCCAACCCGUUUGUGAUUGGAUCAGGUCCGCCUGGGACUAAUUACACUGUCAUGAAAAGAGCUUUUGAUGAAGGGUGGGGUGCUGUCAUUGCUAAAACUGUAUCUCUUGAUGCAGCAAAAGUUAUAAAUGUAACUCCUCGAUAUGCUCGGCUACGGGCUAAUGGAAAUGGAUCCGCAAAAGGAGAAAUUAUUGGGUGGCAGAACAUUGAACUUAUCAGUGAUAGGCCACUUGAAACAAUGUUGAAAGAAUUUAAACAAUUGAAAGAUGAGUACCCCGACAGAAUUCUCAUCGCUUCCAUCAUGGAAGAGUACAACAAAGCGGCUUGGGAAGAGCUUAUCGAUAGAGUUGAACAAACCGGAGUUGAUGCUAUUGAGAUAAACUUCUCGUGUCCGCAUGGUAUGCCUGAACGCAAAAUGGGUGCUGCUGUUGGCCAAGAUUGUGCUCUUCUGGAAGAAGUUUGCGGAUGGAUAAAUGCAAAAGCUACGGUUCCGGUUUGGGCCAAGAUGACUCCCAACAUAACUGAUAUUUCACAGCCAGCAAGGGUUGCACUAAGUUCAGGAUCCGAGGGAAUAGCAGCUAUAAAUACAAUCAUGAGCGUGAUGGGAAUCAAUCUCGAUACAUUACGCCCUGAGCCUUGUGUUGAGGGGUACUCAACUCCCGGAGGUUAUUCUGCGAAAGCGGUCCAUCCGAUCGCCCUUGGGAAGGUUAUGAGUAUUGCAAAAAUGAUGAAGGCAGAGUUUGAUAGUGAGAACUAUUCACUUUCCGCCAUUGGCGGUGUUGAGACGGGUGGUGAUGCUGCCGAGUUUAUUCUUCUUGGCGCAAAUACUGUCCAGGUAUGCACCGGCGUUAUGAUGCACGGCUAUGGUCUUGUGAAGAAGCUUUCUGUUGAGCUAAAAGACUUCAUGAAAAAACACAAUUUCAAAUCAAUUGAAGAUUUCAGAGGGGCAUCUCUUGAGUAUUUUACAACACACACUGACUUGGUGAAAAGGCAGCAAGAAGCAAUUAAGCAAAGGAAAGCAAUAAAGAAAGGAUUGCAAUCUGAUAAAGACUGGACAGGAGAUGGUUUUGUGAAAGAAAGUGAAAGCAUGGUUUCUAAUUAAGAGAUUUUUCUUGUAUGAUUUGUUUUCUUUGUUUAUUAAUAAAUUGGUAUUUGUCCUUCUAAGAACAGUGAAGUAUUUAAUAUCAGAAAGUAAUAAAAGUAUGUUUUUUUCUUCUCUA